AUGGAAAUAGGGCUACAGAUGGUAUUUUGUAUGCAUAAAGUUGGAACCUUGAGAUUUGGAGAGAGGUUGUGUGUGCCGAAUGAUUUAGAGCUCAGAAGAGAAAUCCUGAGAGAAGCUCACAGUUCAGGGUAUACUGCACAUCCUGGGAGCACUAAACUGUAUAAAGACUUGAAGAGGAACUUUUGGUGGAAUAAUAUGAAGAGGGAAAUUGCUCAGUAUGUUGCUCAAUGUUUGGUAUGUCAACAAGUGAAAGUUGAACAUCAGAGGCCUGUAGCUUUUAAGGUAGGGUUCUCCUUAGAGAGGUUUGCAAGAUUGUAUAUCAAGGAGAUUGUGAAGUUGCAUGGUGUUCCGGUGACCAUAGUGUCUGAUAGAGAUAACAGAUUUGUAUCUAUGUUUUGGAGGAGUUUGCAUACAGCUUUGGGAUCACCUAUUUGUUGGGAUGAUGUGGGCGAAAGGAAGUUGUUAGGGCCAGAGAUUGUGCAACAAACAGUGGACAAGAUCAAUCUUAUUAGAGAGCAACUUUGCACUGCACAGAGUAGACAGAAAAGUUAUGCAGAUAACAGGAGACGCGAUUUGGUGUUUGGGGCUGGAAACCAUGUGCUCCUUAAGGUGUCUCCUAUGAAAAGAAUAAUGAGGUUUGGUGUUCGUCGUAAAUUGAGUCCUAGAUUUGUUGGACCAUUUGAGGUUUUAGAUCGAAUUGGAGAGUUUAAGGAGGAUUUGACCUAUGAGGAACACCUUGUAAGAAUUGUUGAUAAGACGGAGCAGGUUUUGAGGCGGCGAGUCAUCCACUACGUUAAGGUUCAAUGGAGCAAUCACUCAGAGAGAGAAGCUACUUGGGAACUUGAGGAUGAAAUGAGAGAAAAGUAUCCACGACUUUUUGAGACUACUGGUAUGUCAAAUUUCGAGGACGGAAUUUCUUUUAAGAAGGGAAGAAUGUAA